AUGACGUCCCAACACAUUCAGGUAGCCACGUCGCCCUCCAAAGACGCCAUCCUCGAAGCUCUCGUUGAAAAUGUGCGCGCCUGCAAUGCGCGCCUACCGCCCGGACGCGACAAGAUGGUCUUUGGGGCGUGCGAACUCGAGGUGGAAAUGCCGGUGCUUCUCAACCGGCCUGACGCGCCCCUCCCGUGUAGGGAGCCGGCCGCCGAGUUCGAGACGGCCGCCUCGGAAGACCUGGACCUCUGCCGCCCAGACGAAUGCCUUCGGCCCGUCAUAUGCGUUCUCAACCAGUCCUUCGAACCCCACCUAGACUGCUUGCACCGCGCCUUCCACACCCGCCACCUCACCGUCCAGAACCCGGACAGCCUGCCCCUCCUCCACCGUGUCACUCAGCUGCGCAUCCUCCCCGACCGGGAUUCUACCUCUGACCCGAUCAACAUGCGGCCCGUCUCCUUACGCACGCCCCUCGACCUCACCACCCGCCUCCCUCAACUCCGUGAGCUGGACUGCCCCUGGCUGUGGGAGCGCCUCCCUGUUGCCUUCACAUCCAAGGCACUGCGCAUUAUUUCCCGCGUCUGGCCAGGUCCUUGGCGCGAUGACCGCGCCGAGUUCGCCCGCGCUGUGCGUCAUGCCAUGCCCUUGUUGCCGUCCUCCCUCGCCAAGGUCCGUCUCUGGUUCUGGAGGCCCAGCUCCCAUGGGGACGAGAUGGACCAAGCGGCGCAGAUGCCCGACCUUGUUGGCUCAUCCUCGACCAACGAGGAGUUUGAAGACAUGGACCCUGUGUCUCUUGGCCUGCGGGACCUGGGAAGUCGGCUGGAGGAACUAGACGUCCGCGCGCUCAUCACCCCCGACCUUUUUCCUUCCGGCGGUUUGUCAUGGCCACACAUGCGUCACCUCAAGGUGGAAUUCCACCCGUGCGCGCCCGACGGCCGCUGGUACUUUUCCGGUCCGCGAGGGGAAGAUCCCCACCCGACAGGGUUCGCCAUCACACAGAGAGAGAAGGAGCACUACCCGCCCCCGCCCGGCCAGGAAGACGACGACGACGACGACGGCGACGACGACGACGACGACAACGACGAGAAGACGCACGAGCUGAUGUCCCACGAGGAGGAAGAGUACAGCGGCGAUGCACCCGACAUAUACGACCUUCGCAGCCCCGACAUGUUCCGUCUGCGCCCUAUUGCCGAACGCAUCAACCCUUUGCUCUUGGCGUUUGCCUCGUCUCUGCAACGUGGGCAAAAGAUGCCCGCCCUUCGAGACGCCGAGCUAUUUACCUGGCUUACGUGGCGGCCCUCCAAGGAGAGGGCGGGGGAGUAUGAAGGGAGUGAUGACGUGCCUCCGACUUCGUAUGAGGACGAGACGGUCAUGUUCCGAUGGGGCGUCGGUGAGGACUGGAGGCCGGAGAAGCGAGUCAUCAAGGCGUUUGAGCAUCUUGUGGGCGGAGACGGAGACGGGGAGAAGAACAUGGAGUGGAAAGCGUUUGAGUUUGUGGAAGAGAGGGAGCAGGAUCCCGAGGACUAUAUCUGA